UGUACGAAUGUUAUGCAUCUGCAGAAAGACGAUGGCACGGCUCCACUACCAUUUCCAUAUCAUCAACAGUUGAGCGUCAAAGUGCGGUCGAAACGGAUGCGAAGAUUUCUGUGCUGCUGUUGUUGUCGAAGAAGACGAAAAAAAGACCAAGACGACACUGCCUUGUUGCGAUCGUAUAGUGAACGGGGAGGCUUUACGGUGCGAAAUCAAUCGGCCAACGACAUGGAGUCGACAUCCGAGAAUGACGUUUCAGCUGACUGUUUUGGGGGUGAACAGUUUGACCCCUUUUCCAUCACUGUGAUGGUCCGAUCGUUAAAUCAAUCGAGGAGAAUACGGAUACCAAAUCGUCCCGAUGUCUCCAUGAGUUUAUGGUCCCUUAUAAAGAACGCCAUCGGCAAAGACCUGACCAAACUUCCCCUCCCCGUCAACUUUAACGAACCCUUGUCCAUGCUUCAGAGAUUAAAUGAGGACUACGAGUACAGCGCCUUGAUCGACAAAGCGGCCGAUACGUCCGAUCCCUUCGAACAAAUGGCGUACAUCGCAGCCUACACGGUUUCUUCUUACGCGACAUCCGCCCUACGGACGGGAAAACCGUUCAAUCCUCUUCUCGGCGAAACAUUCGAAUCUGACCGCAUCGAAGACUUGGGAUGGCGAUGUAUCAGUGAGCAGGUCAGUCAUCACCCGCCCCUCGUCGCGCAGCACUGUCAAGGUCGAAAGUGGGUGUGCUGGCAGCAGUUCUCGAUGAGUUCGAGGUUUCGGGGAAAUUCUAUUGAAAUCACGCCACUGGGAUUGGCACAUCUUUUAUUCCCUAAAACAGGAACGCACUAUACGUGGCGCAAAGUUCCCAGCAUUGUGCAUAACAUUAUGUUUGGAAAGUUGUGGAUUGAUCAAGAGGGCGAAAUGGAUAUUUAUAAUCACAGCACGGGGGAAAUUUGUCACAUAAAGUAUAAUCCAUCCUCUUUCUUUAAGGGAGAAGCUAAGCGAGUUGAAGGGACCAUCUACGAUUCGGUCAAACAGCCCAAAUUAUGCAUCGCUGGUACUUGGGAUAGUAAAAUUGAGUCGUUUGAAAUACUCAAAAUAGAUUCUAAAGGUAGCUUUACACUUGGGCCGGCAAAAUUACUUUGGAGCAGAGUCAUGCCUCCAUCUGACUCGGAUAAAUACUAUAAUUUCACACUGCUCGCCUGCCAACUAAAUGAAAUGGAGGAAGGUGUGGCUCCCACCGACAGUCGUAACAGGCCAGAUCAACGCCUCAUGGAAAACGGAUACUUUGACGAAGCCAAUCUAGAAAAGUUACGAAUAGAAGAGAAACAACGGACGGCGAGGAAAAUCAGACUUCAGAAUAUGACGAAUUCUUCAAAGUCAAAGUCCACGCUUGUCACGGCCGUCAGCAAACCACCCGAUGACCUUGACGACGACGGUGGCGAACCCGGCUAUAAACCUGCCUGGUUCUCCGUAGCGAAAGAUCAAGUAACCGGAAAAAAUAUGCAUAUUUACAACGGUGAAUAUUGGGAGUGCAAAAAUAAAUCGGAUUGGUCACGUUGUCCCGAUAUUUUUUAAUCCAUGCGUCUCCUGCUAUAAAUAUUUGAGAGGAUAUACAUUCAACAUUCUCUCUCAUUGAUUUUGAUGCAUAUGCUUAGAAAAAAAGAUUGAUUGAAUAUGUACCACGGGUACAAUAAGGUCAAGGCUAUCGUGCGGGGUGGUAAUGUAAUCACUCAAUUUUAUUCGCAUAUAUGCAAAAGGUGAGAUUUUUAUUAGGCUGAUCAUUCAACCACAUAUUUAUUUCUUAUACGAGAACAAUGCCUAAGGUUUCCUUCGCGUGCAGAAAAUCGGUUCCAUUUUAUUUCAUGCAAAGUAACCAACCAAACCACACACCGCAUCGUCAUAAACCGACUGCGAGGACAUUCAUAAUACAGUCUUUCAAGUAGGAGAAAGUUGUAAUUUGAGUAGUUUAUUCGUCCACCUCAGACAGGUUUUUAUGCCUGAGAUGGAAUUUUGUUCCGACUUUCUCUGAUGUAGGUGGCUGCCUAGAACACGCUUUGUUUGUGGUGGCUUCCUUUCGCCACACCAUCGAACACUGCAAAUUUAGUGGGCCAUAUCCCAUCCGAGAAAUUGCAGUGGCUGUUUUCUUCCUCGGCUGGCUGGGUUAGUUUUACUUUUAGGCACGUUUAUUAUUGGCUUCCAAAAGCAAAUUGUAAACUCUAAGCAAACUUAUUGGCCACCUCUGCGCUUCUUGUUUAUAUAUCGCAUCGUCAUGACUACUACGUACAUAUGUAUGCCUUUUCGCCAGUUGGCAAAUUUUUGCACCCACUCACUCCUCAAGUAAAACGAUGACUGUAUAAAGUCAAAACUUUCACCUUGUCGCGUAUGUAUUCUUAUAAGUACAGGGCAAAAACAUCCGUGCGAUGAUGCCCGUGAAGUGAAGUAAAGAAAAUUGAUGAGGAAUGGAAUGAUGCAUAGAUUACAAGGGGAGAAAGUUUAAUUGUGGUGGAAAAACUUAUGAUUAUUAGGAUAUUGCAAAAAUUGAGUAAAUUGUGAACUUUGUGAAGAAGUAAUAAAAGAUUCGUUUAAAAAGUA